AUGACCUGCCUGCCCUUUGGUCUUGCUACCGCCCCUUGUGCCUUUGCUAAUGUAACCAACUGGUUGGCAAAUCUUUUCAGGAAGGAAGGCAUUCGCAUCGCUGUAUAUCUAGACGACUUCCUGAUCAUGCACACCAAUCCUCGAGUCCUACAAAAACAAACUGCACAGGUGUUAAAUUGCUUAAUACGCCUGGGAUGGUGCAUCAACUGGGAAAAGUCAAUAUUGAUACCGCGAAAAAGCCUAGAAUACUUAGGAAUCGUCUGGAACACCGACCAAAACAUCAAACUUCUACCAGAUACAAAAUUAAACAAAGUUGUAAAGACGAUAGAGAAAACUCUGCAGUCAAAUUGGUGGACCUGGAAAACCGCGAAAAUAAUCUUGGGAAAUUUGAAUUUCGCGGCAUUUGUAGUUCCACUGGGAAAACUUCACUGCAGAACAAUACAAAUAGAAGCGAAUCGAUUACCGGAAAACGACAUCCACAAGAAAUUUCAUUUGCCGGUAAACGUAACACAAGAACUACACUGGUGGCUGAAUCACAGCCAUCAGCCGUCUGCAAUUCACCACAAAGAGCCAACGGUGUUCAUCACCACAGAUGCUUCCGAUCAAGGCUGGGGUGCCACAAUAAACGACAUGAAUCUGAGCGGCACCUGGAGCAACGAACAGUUGUCAUGGCACAGCAAUCGAAAGGAGCUCUGGACAUUAAAGGAGACGCUCCGUCAAUCAGCUGCGUAUCACAAGUCUCAAACAAUCCUCGCCCAGACAGACAACAGAUCUGUUGCAGCUUACAUAACCAAAGAAGGUGGAACGAAGUCACGCACUCUACUGCAGUUGGCCAAGGAAAUUCUAGAGCUAGCCCAUCGAUAUCAGAUUCAUCUUGUGGCUCGAUAUCUUCCCGGACGAUACAACCUGACAGCCGACAGCUUAUCGAGAUUCCGCGCCAAUCCGGAAUGGACUCUUUCCUCAGAAAUGGUGGAGAUAAUCUUCAAGAAGUUCGGGACACCGUCGAUAGAUCUUUUUGCGAGCUUCAGAUCAGCGGUAGUGGAUCAGUAUGUCAGCGAAGAUGCCAAGGACCAGGCUUGCGUCUUUGUCAAUGCUUUCAGCAGACCAUGGCACUACAGACUCGGCUGGCUAUUUCCCCCACCCUCACUGAUACCACGCAUCCUUCAUCACUUAGAAAAGAGCUCCGGAACAUACCUCCUGGUGGCCCCGAAAUGGGAGAAAACGUUUUGGAAGGUAGAGUUACACCGAAGAGCCCUGAGCCCUCCAUUCCGAAUUUGGAAGCUUCGGAAACAUCUAGUAGACAUUCAAACCAUGAAGGCGCCACCAGCUGUAGAGAAACUAGCUUUGCAGGUUUGGAAAAUUCGGGCUGGACCCAUCUAG